GUCCUUGUUCCACCAUCUCCAAAGCAUUAUGCAAACGUAAUUCUCACCCUUUUCUGUUUGUAAGUUUCCAUUCACAACACAAAACAACCCCAUUUUCAUCACAUCAAAUCCAAUACCAUAACCCCAUAAAACCAGUCACAACAAAAACUGUUGCGAGAAAAAGAAGAAGAAGAAGAACAGUAACAGAUCCACUCCUCUCUUCAAAAAUCUAACCUUUAUUCAAUUUUUGCCGAUAAUCACCAAAACCCUAGUUGUCACACCCCCUCUCCUUUGUGAUCUGGUCCGUUUUCCAUGUCUGGGAUAUUUUUAUAUUUGUUUCUGUUUCUGUGCAUACUUUCUGUGUGCUGCUCUGCCACUUCGACUUCUUCCUUCGGGUCACGUCGUUCGAUCCUGCGAGAGGUCAACGAUAAUGGUAAAACUGGUGUUGAUCAUCCCGAUUAUGCAGUUGAGCUGAAUGCCACGAAUUUCGAUGCUGUUCUUAAGGAUACCCCUGCUACUUUCGCUAUUGUUGAAUUCUUUGCCCAUUGGUGCCCUGCUUGCAGAAAUUACAAGCCUCACUACGAAAAGGUCGCAAGGUUAUUUAAUGGACCCGAUGCAGUGCAUCCAGGAAUCAUAUUAAUGACAAGGGUAGAUUGUGCAUCGAAGGUACAUGCAUCUUUUGUUACUUUCUUUAAAAGACGGUUUUAUGUUUAUACAAAACAUGCCUUGGUGAUUGGUACCUUUCUGUUCACUUUUUUGGCAGCACAGAUAAAUACUAAGCUCUGUGAUAAUUUUAAUGUUGGUCAUUAUCCUAUGCUCUUUUGGGGUCCUCCUCCUAAAUUUAUUGGUGGUGGUUGGGAACCUAAACAAGGGAAAAGUGAUAUACGUGUGAUUGAUGAAGCACACACAGCUGAUCGGUUGCUUAAUUGGAUCAACAAGCAAAUAGGCAGUUCAUAUGGCUUGGAUGAUCAGAAGUUUCAAAAUGAGCAUAUUUCAUCCAAUGCAUCAGACCCUGGACAGAUUGCAAGAGCUAUCUUUGAUGUUGAAGAGGCAACUUCUACCGCUUUUGACAUCAUCUUAGAGCACAAGAUGAUAAAACCAGGAACUCGAGCUUCACUUAUAAAGUUUCUUCAGCUUUUGGCAGCUCAUCAUCCUUCUAGAAGAUGCCGGAAGGGUACUGCAGAAUUACUUGUGAGUUUUGAUGACUUGUACCCAACAGAUUUUUGGUCUACUAAUAAGCAGGAAGAUGAUAAGAGUUCAAUUAGGAACUUACAGAUUUGUGGAAAAGAUGUGCCUCAUGGGUACUGGAUGUUUUGCCGAGGCAGUAAAAAUGAUACCAGAGGCUUUAGCUGUGGUUUAUGGGUUCUUAUGCAUUCACUCUCUGUGAGAAUUGAGGAUGGAGAGAGUCAGUUUACAUUUAAUGCAAUAUGUGAUUUUAUUCACAACUUCUUCAUCUGUGAGGAAUGCCGACAACAUUUUUACAAGAUGUGUUCAAGCGUUUCUAGUCCUUUCAACAAAGCCCGUGACUUUGCCCUCUGGUUGUGGAGUUCCCAUAAUAAGGUGAACGAAAGGUUGAUGAAAGACGAAGCAUCUCUAGAUACUGGUGAUCCGAAAUUCCCAAAAACAAUUUGGCCGCCAAAGCAGCUUUGCCCUUCCUGUUACCUAGGCCAUGACCAGAUGAACAACAAAAUUGAAUGGAACCUGGAUGAGGUCUUUAAGUUUUUGACUAGUUAUUAUGGAAAAACGCUCGUUUCUCUGUCCAAGGACAGGAGUAUUGUUGGAAAUGACAGAACUGAUGGAGCUGUUGAAGAUUUAGUAGUAUCUACUAAUGCAAUUGUUGUGCCUGUGGGAGCUGCACUGGCAAUUGCUGUUGCUAGCUGCGCUUUUGGAGCACUUGCUUGCUACUGGCGUUCACAGCAAAAGAGUCGGAAGUAUUUUCACCACCUACACUCUUUAAAGAACAUAUGAUAAUUAGUAGGGCCAAGGAGAACGUGGAAGUAGGAAUAGCUGACAAAUGCACAAAAAGGCAUUAUGAGGUGCAUAGCACAUUUUGUAGGCAUCCAAUUUAUGGUCUCACUCCAAAGAGCCUUGCCAGGGUUCUUUUUGAAUCUAUCCUUCCUUAAUAGAAUGUACAGAAUACAAUUCUUGCUCUUGGAGAUCAUUACUGAUCUGUGCUACUUUCUUUUACUUUCUUCUUGGUGUUGAACUCACAUAGCCUGGGAAUUUGUGGGAAAGGAGCACAUGAAUGUAACAUUUUUGCUUUGUAAUUUUGGGUUAUUUUUUAUUAACAUAGUAACUAUAAGCUAUAGACACGAUUUACAUUAUUAUGCCUGGU